AUGCCAUACAUUGCGCCGGUAAAGAAGUUGCUCUCCGCGCAGCACAUUGAAUACUCCCCCACCGAGCCCAUAGAGCGGCCAGGUUUGGUUCGCUCCCCGACACGGGCUCGUCCACAUUCUGCUACUCGUCCUCGGAGGAACCCUUCGAACACCAAACCGACAGUGCAUUCCUCUCCAGAACCCCCGGCUCGGGCCCUCCCCUCCAUUGAUCCACAUGCCAGUCUCCGCCAGUCCCCACCGCCGAUAAGCAAUGCGAUCCUCCCUCCCGGGGCGGUAAUCUCACCUCCUGAGUCCGGCCCAAACUCAAGUGAUGAAGAAUCACCACGCCGACGCGGCGACGGUGUCAGGUACGACGAGCUGCAGGCUGCUGUUCGAUCAAUCAAAGUAAGGAGGGAGAGUUCACCGGAAAGAAUGGGUUCGUCUGAAACACCGGAGCGGCUCUCGUCGAGUGCGCCGACCACUCGCCCCAAGCUCCCUCACCUACCAUUGUCCAAAGAAGCUCGCAAGAUCACUCACUCUCGAUCAUCCACUGAAACCGCCAUCGAGUUGACUCGGGAGUUGACUCGGGAAUCGGCAUUGACUAGCUCGCCCGACGAAAGUGACGAGGAGAUGUCGUGCAAGCCCCUGAUGGUCCGUAAGAAGUCAGGUGAGCUGGUUCGACCUGCUCUCCGCCCCUCUUCGGCCAGACGACGACCAUCUAGCAUGCCCGGUACUCCCGUCUAUUCGAAGGCUGUGCAUUUCGACUCUCACUUGGAGCAUAUCCGUCACUUCCUCCAGCUGGACCGGCCAUUGGCUGUCAGCACCGAAACGUCUCCAGUCGAAAACCACGACAACAAGCACGAGUUCCCCUUUGACUCUUCGGAUGCGCGCGGUCGGUCGUGGGAAUGGGAGAUCAAGCUCUCCAAUUGGCCCAAGGAUACCUCAUCAGCUGCCACUCGCCCGGUGCGCCUUGAGCGGUUGUUCUUGUCGGCUGAUAAGAGCACUCUGAUCGGAAAUGUCGCAGUGGCCAAUCUUGCUUUCCACAAGAGUGUGACCGCUCGGUUCACGCUGGACUACUGGAGAACUACCUCGGAGGUUGCAGCGGCAUACUGCCACGAUGUUCGCCGCCAGCAAGCAGCGGACGGGUUCGAUCGCUUUUCGUUCGACCUGAAGUUGGAUGAUCAGGCCAACCUGGAGACCAAGACCAUGUUCAUGUGCAUCCGCUACAACGUGGAUGGACAGGAAUAUUGGGACAACAAUGGUUCGGUAAACUAUCAGAUUGAUUUCCACAAAGUGCCCAAGAUCCAUAAGCCUGCAGGCGGAAAACCUGCUCUUCCGCGCAGUCGAUCCUUCACCAGCAUCCAUAACAUUCGACCCCAGUCUAUGCCGCCCAACUAUGAUUUCCCCGACCUUAGCGACAAGAAGUUCAACGACAAGAAGUCUUUCACAUCCCUUUUCGAUGAUGCCGAUGGUGCGCCCUUGGCUCGCAUGCCGUCGGAUGAUAUUGAUACGGUCGCACCCCCCAAGCGUCGUGAAAACCCGAACCGCCAGGCAUUUGGCAACCGAUACGACUUUGGAGCGUCGUUAUCGGCUGCUAUUCGGUCAAAGGCGCCCCUGGAUCGGACCGCUCUGACUGCCCGUGCGAAAUCUGGGGAGGCCGUGGUGCCGGAGACUCCCAAACCGGCCAAGAAAACCCCCAGCUUCGAGCUGGGCAAUGGCUCUGCAGUGAACGAUAGCUUCCGCCCCGGAGGUCGUGUGGAUCAGAAACCUUCCUCCUUGGUAUCUAGCAAGCCACAGCUUGAGUCUUCCGUGUACCAGGAACUGGUUGAUAAGUACUGCUUUUAUGGAUCUCCGCAAGGAUCGACCCCGAAGGCACAACCAUCGAUCUCGAACGCUCGUGCAGGCGAGGCCCCGAAGCAUGUCUCUUCCCCAGCCUGUAUCUCGCCGCCUCUGUCUCCUCGCUCUCUUGCUCCUCGCGAUUCUCCUGUCGUCGAGGCCCCCCGGGCUUCUGUGAGCCCGCGCACCUCCCCGCGGCCCUCAACCUCCCCUAUGGGGUUUCGCCACUCUUUCCACCACAACUUCAUGAAUGAACCUCACUCUCCAACAGUCAUUAGAGGUAUCAAUGUCGCUCGCCGCAGGAAAACGCGGGCUCGCCGAUGCCUGGUAGACGCGCUGGAAACCGACCCUUCCUAA